AUGACUUGUAUUGUAACCUGACUCAGUGAUACUUUUGGAUAUAUAUUUCUAUUCUAAGGAGAAGAGUGUGUACUCCCAAUUCUGCCAGUUUACUGGCAGAGAUUUUGUGUUGUAAGAUCAUGGACCAUUCAAACAGGGAGAAGGAUGAAAGGCAGCGGACAACAAAAGGAAUGCCAGGGAGGAGUGGGCAUGGUUCUCGACCGAGUUCUGCUACGUCCUCUGGUGUUCUUAUGGUGGGACCCAAUUUCAGAGUGGGCAAGAAGAUAGGGUGUGGGAACUUCGGAGAACUCAGACUAGGCAAAAAUCUCUAUACCAAUGAAUAUGUAGCGAUCAAACUGGAACCAAUAAAAUCCCGUGCCCCACAGCUUCAUUUAGAGUACAGGUUUUAUAAACAGCUCGGCAGUGCAGCUGAAGGCCUCCCCCAGGUGUAUUACUUUGGGCCAUGUGGAAAGUACAAUGCCAUGGUACUUGAACUACUUGGUCCUAGCUUGGAAGAUUUGUUUGACCUCUGUGAUAGAACUUUCACUUUGAAGACGGUAUUAAUGAUAGCCAUCCAGCUGAUAUCUCGAAUGGAAUAUGUGCAUUCAAAGAACCUCAUUUACCGAGAUGUCAAGCCAGAGAAUUUCCUUAUUGGCCGGCAAGGCAAUAAGAAAGAACACAUCAUUCACAUCAUCGACUUUGGAUUGGCCAAGGAGUACAUUGAUCCUGAAACCAAAAAACACAUACCUUACAGGGAACACAAGAGCCUAACUGGAACAGCAAGAUAUAUGUCCAUCAAUACACAUCUUGGCAAAGAGCAAAGUCGGCGAGAUGACUUGGAAGCCCUUGGCCACAUGUUCAUGUAUUUUCUUCGAGGCAGUCUGCCCUGGCAAGGGCUCAAGGCUGACACCUUAAAAGAGAGAUAUCAGAAGAUUGGGGACACAAAGAGAAACACUCCAGUUGAAGUUCUCUGUGAGAACUUUCCAGAGGAGAUGGCCACAUAUCUUCGUUAUGUCAGGCGAUUAGACUUCUUUGAGAGACCAGACUACGAUUACUUACGAACUAUCUUUACAGAACUAUUUGAAAAAAAAGGCUACACCUUUGAUUAUGCCUACGACUGGGUUGGCAGGCCACUGCCUACGCCAGUGGGGUCCAUUCCUGUAGAUUCUGGGGCAUCUGCAAUAACAAGAGACAGCCACGCACAUAGGGAUCGACCGUCACAGCAACAUGCUCUUCGAAAUCCGACGGCGUCAUCAGACCGCCGAGGAGAGUGGGAGAUCCAACCAAGCCGGCAGACAAAUACCUCGUACCUGACAUCUCACUUGGCUGCAGACCGUCAUGGGGGAUCAGUACAGGUGGUCAGUUCGACCAAUGGAGAACUAAAUGUUGACGACCCAACAGGGGCACACUCCAAUGCACCAAUCACAGCACAGGCCGAGGUGGAAGUGGUGGAGGAAGCUAAAUGCAUAUUGUGUCUGAAACCAUGGCACUGGUCUCAAAGCUCAGCUGUGAACAUGGAACUUGUAGUAUUUUUUAACAUGAAUGUCAAUUUAAAAUGUGUUUUGAAAUGGUUCAACCAGGAUAAGGGCUUAUACCAUGGGGAAGACCCCUCCAGGGGGAGCUCCUUUCCAUCAAGAAAAUGGGUCCUGCUUACUGUUGGUUUCUCUUUCUGAUUUGCCCAUUACUGGGGCAUCAUGAGAAACACAACAAAUGUGAUCUUUAAUUACUCCCCUUCCCCUUUUGGGGGGCAGGGGCUCCCGUUUGCACCCUUUUUGUAUGUAAAAUAAAAUGU